AGAAAGGGAAAAAGGUGAAAAAUUGAAGGAAGAGCAGAAUGAAGAUCGAAGAAGUUCAGUCGACCACGAAGAAGCAGAGGAUAGCCACUCAUACUCAUAUUAAAGGCCUCGGCCUUGAGCCGAAUGGAAAAGCAGUACCUUUGGCUGCUGGAUUUGUGGGUCAAGCUUCAGCGAGAGAAGCUUCUGGGCUUGUGGUUGAUAUGAUUCGGCAAAAGAAGAUGGCUGGGCGUGCCUUAUUAUUCGCUGGCCCACCUGGUACUGGAAAAACUGCUCUUGCUCUUGGAAUUUCGCAAGAACUCGGCAGCAAGUUGGUAGCCUACAAAAUUACGUGCCUUACAUCAACGGUGCAGGUUCCAUUUUGCCCAAUGGUUGGAUCAGAAGUGUAUUCAUCGGAAGUAAAGAAGACUGAGGUGUUAAUGGAGAAUUUCCGUCGAGCUAUUGGUCUCCGUAUUAAAGAAAACAAAGAGGUUUAUGAGGGAGAGGUUACUGAACUGUCCCCAGAAGAAACUGAGAGUGUGACUGGUGGAUAUGGUAAAAGUAUAAGCCAUGUCAUAAUUGGGCUGAAAACUGUUAAAGGAACCAAGCAACUGAAGUUGGACCCAACAAUUUAUGAUGCCUUGAUAAAGGAAAAGGUAGCUGUUGGUGAUGUUAUAUACAUUGAAGCAAAUAGUGGAGCAGUGAAAAGGGUGGGAAGGAGUGAUGCUUUUGCUACUGAGUUUGAUCUCGAGGCAGAAGAAUAUGUACCACUUCCUAAAGGAGAGGUUCACAAAAAGAAGGAGAUUGUCCAGGAUGUUACAUUGCAUGACCUUGAUGCUGCAAAUGCACGGCCCCAAGGAGGGCAAGAUAUAUUGUCCCUCAUGGGUCAGAUGAUGAAACCCAGAAAAACUGAAAUCACUGAUAAGCUUCGGCAGGAGAUAAAUAAGGUGGUGAAUCGGUACAUAGAUGAAGGCGUGGCUGAACUCGUUCCAGGCGUAUUGUUUAUCGAUGAGGUGCACAUGCUUGAUAUGGAGUGCUUUUCUUAUUUGAAUCGUGCUUUAGAAAGUUCUCUAUCUCCCAUCGUCAUUUUUGCCACGAAUCGAGGAAUUUGUAAUGUCAGAGGAACAGAUAUGACUAGUCCUCAUGGUAUACCUGUUGACUUGUUGGACCGUUUGGUUAUUAUAAGAACCGAAACAUAUGGCCCGGCUGAAAUGAUACAGAUUUUAGCUAUCCGAGCACAGGUAGAGGAACUCGGCAUAGACGAGGAAAGUCUGGCUUAUCUUGGAGAGCUCGGACAACAAGCAUCUUUGAGGCAUGCCGUUCAGCUGUUAUCCCCUGCUAGCAUAGUUGCUAAAAUGAACGGUCGUGAUAGUAUUUGCAAGGCGGAUCUUGAAGAAGUGAGUUCUCUCUAUCUCGAUGCCAAAUCAUCUGCAAAGCUUCUCCAAGAACAGCAAGAUAGAUACAUAUCAUAGACACAGAAAAUUCGGCUCUAACGAUAAUUCAGUUGAUUGAUCCCUUGAGAUGUGAACAGUCGAGUGUUAAAUCUUUCGUUUUCCUAAAGGAUUGUGUGAUGCAACUGGUAUGAUUCGCAGUCUCGAGUAUCUGUGUACCUUUUGCGUAUUUUCCUGUGCGCGGCUUUUGACAUUUGUGGCUCUUUUUUGGCCUAAAGGCACAUUAUUAGGGUGUUGAUUGUUUUAUGAACUAUGAAACUUUUUUGUAGCCUCAGGCAUAUUAUUAGGGUGUUUGAUUAUUCUAUGAUUUUUUUGGGUUUUUCAAUCCUUUUUGGUGAACUCACUGAGAUUGCAAAAUUUUAGAGCUGAGUUUGCAGUAUUUAUUGUUUAUGGUGAGAANAUACAAGUUUUUUCCUGUUUUUGUCUCGGUGAAUAAUUUAUUUUUUCAGUUAAAUAAUAAAAAGUA